UAUUCUUCAUCAGCGCCUUCUUCUUUUGCUGUGUUUUAUCUUGUAUAUCAGGAGCUUUUGCUUCCUCGAAUAAAGUUCUUUAAAACACCAAAAACCCUUUCCCAAAAAAAGUAAAAAACCCUCCUUUUCAGAAAAAUGGCAAGCAAGGCUAUCAUCGUUGCCCUUCUCCUUGUUGCCCUUGUUGGAGUGGUAUCAGCAGCAGAACCAGCCACCGCAGCAACCACCGCCGCUGCACCUGCCGCCAAUGAUACCGCUGGCGCUGCAGAUGCAGCAGGUGCACCAGGUGCUGCUGCUGGUGAGGCUGCCUCUGGACCAGCAGGCAGUACUGCAGCAACCUCAUCAACUACUAGCCCUACUGCUGAAGCACCUGCCAGUGGAGCCACUGCCCUUCAUGUCUCUGCUAUUGCUGGAGUUGCAGCUGUUGGUGCCUACUUCAUCUAAGCUUUUUUUUUCAAUAAUUUAAAUAUAUAUUUAUAUGCAUUUAUUAUCUUUUGUUAUGUUAAAGAAAAAAAACUAAAAUUCAUGUUUGUUGAUUUUAUGAUUUUGUUUGUUAUUGUAACUUGGGAUCAAGUCUCCAGAUUCAUGGAGUCAUCUGAAUAAAGGAAUUCGAUUUCUCUUUUGAUUUAUUUGCUACAA